CAGCUCAUUCUCUGUAAAACAAUCUUGGAUUUUGGAUGAGAAAUACUUGUUCACCUAAAAAAAAUGUAGGCCAUAACUGUUUGUUGAAGCUGCAAAUUACAUAUAACGUCUAGAGCUAGACAGGGAACAUCUGGAGAGCAAGCCCUCCUCAGAGAGGCUUAAAGUCGAACAGCUGGACAGAGUGAGUAGUCAGAAGUUGCUCUGUGCUGAAGUGGAAGAUGAAUUCUGCUCUCGUUCUUCGUCCUCUGGCCCAACUGCUGCUGCUAGCUACUAUUAUUCACACUCAGCCCCACUACUUCCAUGGAGAGGAUUGGGUCAAUGCGUGGCGCCAAGGCUUUAACUUCCAGUGCCCUCAUGGCGAGGCACUGGUAGCCAUCAAGAGCUACUUCAGUGAGGAAGAGGGCUCGGACCGUCUGUGGAGCUUUGAGUGUCAGCCGACUCCCUCCACCCUCGGAGAACCCAGUGCGUGCUGGUGGGAUGAACUGAACCUUACUGGCAUGGAGUGGACUUCCACAUGCAGUGACAAUGGUAUAGUGGCUGGAGUGCAGAGUCAGUACUUUCCUUCUACUCUGGACCGAGAGUGGCGCUUCUACUGCUGCCGCUACGGUAAAAGAUGUCCUUAUUCCUGCUGGAAGACCUCUGACAUUCCAGAGUACCACAAAGAAGAGGCUGAACUGGUCGUCCCUGCUUAUGGCUACUUCAUCCGGGGAGCUCAGACCACCUUUAGUGGGGUGGUCAGGGAUCGCCAGUGGAAGUACAUCCUGUGCAGGAUGACAGAAUUUGAUUGUGAAUUUCAGAACUUAUAAAUCUGGACAUUUAAGCCCCCAAAACGUCCACAUAAAUAUGAGUUUUAAUGAAAUUUAUUUAGAAAAGGCAAUUAUACAAUUGAACAUGCAAUACAAGUAAGAAAAAUUUUAUAACCUAGGAAUUUAUUUCAUUUCUAUGUGAUUUCAUGUAAUCCUGCAUGGUUUGAAGUGUAAAGCAUUAAUCAAAUGCCAGAUUGAAGCACUGUGAAUGGCAUGCAUUUUUUUAAUAUCUACACCUGUUUUGACAAAAGAAAGUUAUAUAACAGUGUAUCUUAUUUUGUAUUAGUUAAUUAAAACAACCAAUAAAGCAUUUUUCCCUGAGA